AUUUAAACACACUGGCCUAAAUAAAGGGAUUUGAUAUUUACGACCGACCAUCUUUUGUAAGAAAAAACAGAUUUUCACAACCUGCGACGCUGUCCUCCAGUUUGCCGGCCACCGCAAGCCGGCCGUGAUCUAUAUUCCGGCGAAGCAACGCAGGAAUCAACUAACACAGUCAAACAUACACUACACACCAUUAACGUGUCACUAGGUUUUGUUCUACCACUCUCCAACUCUCUACAGCAAAACAAAAGAUGCAGGAACCUCCCAAUUCAACAAACGAAUUCCGAUUAGGGAAACGAGUACACACAUCCGGUAAUCCAACUAGAAUCGGCACAGUGAAGUAUCUCGGAACUGUAGAAGGCUACUCAGACACAUGGAUCGGAAUCGACUGGGACAAUGCAGAAGGAAAACACGAUGGAUCCCUCAAUGGAGUUCGCUACUUCAAUGCUAAAUCCGAAACAUCAGGUUCCUUUGUUCGUCCUAAGAAUCUCUCUAAAGGAGUUUCAUUUCUCGAAGCUAUUGAAAAAAGAUAUCGAAGUUAUUCUACUAAAGAUGAAGAAGAUGAAAUGUAUGUGUUUUCGUCUAGUAAUAGGCGGGUUUCUAUUCAAUUGUUGGGUGAAAGUGAACUUAAUGAUAAGCUAAGUCGACUUGAGGAGUUAUCGAAUGUGUCGUUGUCUUUUAUGGGUGUUGGUUUCCCUGGAAGUCCAGGUCAAAUUAGUACUACGGUGCCGAAUAUAAAAGAACUUGAUCUGUCUGGGAACCUUCUUUCGGAGUGGAAGGAUGUUGGCAUCAUUUGUGAACAGUUACCUGCUCUGAGGGCUCUAAACUUAUCCUACAACUUAAUGUCACCAUAUAAAUCUGAGCUUCCAUUACUGAAAAGCAUCCGUAUUCUAGUUUUAAAUAAUACCGGUGUAGAUUGGGAGCAGGUCGAACUGCUUAGACUGUCAUUGACAGCAAUUGAAGAGCUACAUAUUAUGGGAAACAAUAUAAGCAGAAUACUGCCUGCGUCAUCCUCUAUGGUUCAGGGAUUUGAUACUUUGCGCCUGUUGAAUUUGGAAGAUAAUUGUAUAGCAGAAUGGAGUGAAAUCAUGAAGCUUUCUCAGCUAAGAUGUUUGGAGCAGCUUUAUUUGAACAAGAAUUGUUUGAGUUCUCUCUUUUAUCCUGAUAAUGGUUCUCAGUAUUAUGAUUCAAAAGUUACGGACUGCAAGCCCUUUCAAAAUUUGCGCUGUCUUCUGUUGGGUGACAACAACAUUAGUGAUCUAGCAUCUGUUGAUUCAUUAAACUUGUUUCCUAACUUGGUGGAAAUCAGGCUUUCUGGGAACCCAAUAACUGAUACUGCAAGAGGUGGGGUUCCAAGAUUUGUUUCAAUCGCUCGUUUAGCAAACAUUCAGAUAUUGAAUGGGAGCGAGAUUACCUCUCGUGAAAGAAAGGACUCUGAGAUUAGGUAUGUCCGGCUUGUGGUCUCAAGGUUGCAUGUUAGUCCCGAAGAAAUCAAACAGCACCCCAGGUUUUCUGAGCUUAAGAAUUUUUACGGAAUUGAGGAUCAAAAGCCUUUAGUUGGAGCUUCUGGUGGCCCACGGGCAAUGAGCUCGGGAUUCUUGUCUAUCACUCUGAAGUGUGUCGGAGCAUCCAUGGGUGAGAAAGAACCAUUGACAAAGAAGCUGCCAGCAACAACUACAGUUGGCAAGCUAAAAUUUCUCUGUGAAAGCUUUUUUAAGCUGAAGUCAAUGAAGCUGAAAUUAUUUUUUCAAGAAGAGGGAUCUCCAUUGCCCUUGCUGCUUGACAAUGACUCGUCAUCUCUUACGGACCUUGGGGUUGGCAAUGAUUCGGUUAUCCUUGUCGACGAAGAUAGUUGAUAAAAACAUCUGAAUUUUUGUAUAAGCCUUUUGGUGUAGUCUAUAUUAAAAAGAAAUUACUCUAUAAUCGGGAUUGAAUAUGUUGUGUAGGUCACACGAUUUUGUUAAAUGCGUUGUUUGAACUUGUUAUUUUGGAGCUGUGAUGCACUAUUUGACGGGACUUCAUUUUUACCUUGUUCUUGCUGCUAAAAAAUCCUACAUAUUUUUGAAAAUAUGUUUCUGAAUGGGAUGAAUUGUUUUUUUUACUAGUAUAUGAUAAAACAAUUCGGAUUUAUAGGAUCCUUGAGUAUGCAUAUGAUUAAUUGAAGUGACCAAUGGUCUAAUCUUUGUAUCCAAAUUAAGAAUGGUGAAAUCUGUUGUUUGUUGAAAUUGGAGAUGUUGGAUAGCCAUUUGCUUGACAAAGUAAUCUAAUGACGGUUCAAAUCUAACAACUUGUGGGUUGUUUUGCCACAACUAAAGUUUGUUGUUGUGCAGAUCAAUUUCCAUACCUCAAGUUUAAAUGGUUUUUUCAAUUGGGGUGAUACUUGUUACCGGACAAAUCACAGUUGUUGUACAUGUCAUAGUUGUUGGCUUAGUAUAUGUUUGUUGCAUUUGUUUGAGGUAAAUCAACAUUGGGAUUUUCUUGCAAAGUGAGACAUAAAUCUGUUGGGGGUGCCUAUGAGAAGUACAAAUACCACUAACCUUUGUUGUUUGAGUUUUACCUAAUGCUAAUUGCUAUACCAACCAAUGAAGUAAGCUCAUCAAGCUUGUUCUUUAAAUUCUUGUUGGAAGUAGAAGAAGUUUGAAUCUCAUUCACUUCUCUUGUCAAUACUAAAUUGUUUUUGGUUGUGAAAGUGACAUAUACUCAAUCAAAACUUUGCUGUUUAUAGGGUCUUAUUGACAAUUGUCUCCUCCACUACCAAUAUUAAAGAUGUUUAU